AUGCCAAUAAUCCCCCGCUCCUCCGCCUCCACCUCGCGCAAGCCCGUGCCCACCAGCAACACCCCUGCGGCGCCCCUCUCCGCGCAGCUCCCGCCACCGCCACCACCACCGCCCGCCGAGGAGCCAAUGCCCAUGGCCACGCCCAUGAGCGGCGGGCUCAAGAAGAGCAAGUCCGUGCGGGCCAAAAAGGCGCUCAAGACCAUCGCCAACCCGAUCAAGACGCGGCGCGAAGAGAAGGCCAAGCGCAGCGAGGUCGAGACCGCAGAGCGCAAGGAGAACGAGAAGAAUGUGCAGGACUUUUUGGCGACGGGGAGGUUUGUUUUUGUCCUUUAUGCCUUUUAUGGGGAGGGGGGAGAGGGGGGGAUUAUUGCGAGAGGAACUUCUCGUAGUGCUGCGCCUACUGCUGCUGCUGCUGCGAAGAAGCGACUGGGCACGAUCCAUGAGGUGACGGACGAGGACGAGUGA